AAACCUGAGUGAGAGAGAGAGCCCGCGAGUGAGCGAAUGUGAAAAACCAGGAGAAGAGUAAAAAUAAAAUAUCUGACACAAAGCAAUGGAUGGAUGAAAGACAAAAAAAGUAUCGAAUCGAUUCGAAUUAAGUCAGAAGUAGUGGCAAUUUAUGACAGAAAUAAACGACAAAUUCUUGAAAAUUAUUUCAAUAAAAUUCUAAUCGAGUGAAACGGGAAAAAACUGCGAAACAUGUUCUAAACGGGACCAGUGAAAAAUCCAUUGAGACUGUGUGUUGUGCCCUUCGUUCGUUCGUUUGGUGAAAAUUUUGUGAAAAAUUUUAUGCUGUGCAUUUCCAAUUAAAGGAAAUGAACAAAAAAGUAAAAAAAUGAUGGUGAUGAUGAGAAGGGAUACCUAAAAACAGAAAAUUUGACUUUAAAAUAAGAAAAUACAAAAAGUGUGUCUGUGUUGGACAUUUUCAUUAAAAACAAACUAAAGAAAAUCCAAAAAUUUCCAUUAAUAAAGACAUCAAAAAAGAAAAAUCAACACAACAAAAAUGUUGCCAUCAUUAUAGAGCAUUGCUUGCCGAACGCCCCUAACGCUUGAUUAACAAAUCAGGCACAGUGGGCAAUAAAAACAACAAAUUCACACAAAACGCACAAAUCAACCACAACAGCAACAACACCACCCAGCACACCUCAGCACCCGGUGGUGGUCUUGUCUUUGCACCAACAGUCAUUUGUCCUCUACAAAAGAAAACAAGAAACGCACAACGAAUUGACGGAUAGAACAAAAAGUCCUUCAAAAGGAUACCAACAACUAAAACAACUGUUUAACGUUAUCUCGAAAAGCAGACAUCUCCAAUAAAAAAACACAACGCACAAUGGCACGCAACAAAUGUCAAAUCACUUUACGUCUAUUCCUUAAACUCUUCCUCUUUGUGGGUAUCAUUCAAGAGAAUUUAGGUGGACCCAUGAACGCAUCGGGCUCCACGACCACAACGCUGCCAACCUUUGAGGUCGAACUCUCCUCACCAGUGCCAUUUACAACACGUAAACCCGAGAUCUCAAUACAGGCAACCGACAACAAAGAUAAGCUCGGCCAUGCCACUUCCAACCUAAACGAUACUCCUGCAAGCAAUGCUGUGACGACCAGUACGCCUCAGCCGGUGGCAAGUGACACCGGUGACACUUCCAAGGAUUUGAACAGUGAGGACACCAACUAUGAUGAUGGUGAUUAUAUUGAGACUGAUCUGAAACCGGAACGCACAACUCCAACAUCGAUGGAACAACAGGAUGGUCCGGCCAUACCACCUACGACGAUAACCUUUAGUAAUGUUGCUGCCGCCGGCAUUUUGGGGGAUUCCAGUGCUGAUGGUGGUGGUGGCGGCGGCAGUUCAUCGAUUUCAAUAAAUGAUGCAACCCCCCCCUAUGCGGCAGUUGAUGAUAAAUAUGUGCCAAGUAAACCACAAAAUCUCACCGUCCUCGAUGUAACGGCGACCAGCAUAACCAUGUCUUGGCAUCCGCCAAAAAAUCAAAAUGGCGCAAUUGCCGGCUAUCAUGUCUAUCACAUACACGAGAAUCAAACGGGUGUGGAAAUUGUUAAGCGCAGUGCUGCCGAUUCGGCCAUACGCUUUGAGCUGCCAAAAUUAAAACCCUUCACCGAGUAUCGCAUCAAAGUGAAUGCUUUCACUACCAAGAACGAAGGUGAAUCUUCGGACAUAAUUGUUCAGCGCACCGAUGUCGGAGUGCCAAGUGCUCCAAUUAUUGUCAAUUUGACAUGUCACUCGCAGGACUCAUUAACGAUACGCUGGAAACGUCCGUUGGAAUUUUACAAUAAUAUUGACUUCUACAUAAUUAAAACGAAAAUUAUGGGUCAGGAUACGCAUCGUGACAUACGGAUAAAUGCAUCUGCCAAGGAAUUGGAAACGGCGAUGAUUAUACAAAAUCUUACCAUGUACCAGCUGUACGAAGUUAAAGUUGCCGCAGCCACCUACAGCGUGAUUGUACCAAAGAAAAUUAUUUUGGGCAAAUUUUCGGAAGGACGUAAGAUUGGCCUGCAGCCCAACUGUGAAAAGAUACAACCUUUGUUACGUCAAUCGCACAACGAUUACAACUUGGCCGUUUUGGUCGGCAUCAUUUUCAGCUGCUUUGGCAUUGUGCUGAUUGUUAUGGCCUUCUUCCUUUGGAGCAGGAAGUGUUUCCAUGCUGCCUAUUAUUAUUUGGAUGAUCCACCACAUCAUCCAAAUGUGCCACAGGUCGACUGGGAGGUACCAGUUGAGAUUGGUGGAGAAAUUCGGGCAGCUGUCCCCGUCAAUGAGUUCGCCAAACAUGUUGCCUCGUUGCAUGCCGAUGGUGAUAUCGGUUUCAGUCGUGAAUAUGAAGCCAUACAAAACGAAUGCAUUUCCGAUGAUUUACCCUGUGAACAUUCGCAACAUCCCGAAAACAAGAAAAAAAAUCGUUAUUUAAAUAUUACAGCCUAUGAUCACAGUCGAGUUCAUCUACAUCCCAUUCCUGGCCAGAAAAAGAAUCUAGACUACAUAAAUGCCAACUAUAUUGAUGGAUAUCAAAAGGCGAGGGCCUUCAUUGGGACUCAAGGUCCAUUGCCCGAUACCUUUGAUUGUUUUUGGCGCAUGAUUUGGGAACAACGUGUUGCCAUCAUUGUAAUGAUUACGAAUUUAGUAGAACGUGGCCGCCGCAAAUGUGAUAUGUAUUGGCCCAAGGAGGGUGUAGAGACCUAUGGGGUCAUACAAGUGAAACUAGUCGAUGAGGAAGUAAUGGCCAUGUAUACCGUGAGAACUUUACAAAUUAAACAUUUGAAGCUCAAGAAAAAGAAACAGUGCAAUACUGAAAAAAUCGUCUAUCAAUAUCAUUACACCAAUUGGCCAGACCAUGGGACACCCGAUCAUCCCUUGCCGGUAUUGAAUUUCGUUAAGAAAUCAUCCGCUGCAAAUCCACCUGAUGCUGGUCCCAUUGUUGUGCACUGUAGUGCUGGUGUGGGCCGUACCGGUACUUAUAUCGUACUCGAUGCCAUGCUCAAGCAAAUCCAACACAAGGGUGUUGUCAACAGUUUUGGUUUCCUGCGCCACAUUCGUAUACAGAGAAAUUUCUUGGUACAAACCGAAGAACAAUAUAUUUUCAUACACGACGCCCUAGUUGAGGCCAUUGCAUCGGGUGAAACAAAUCUAACGGCUCAACAAAUCGAGGAACUGAAGAAUUGUACACCAUAUUUGGAGCAGCAGUAUCGCAACAUUAUCCAAUUCCAGACCAAAGAUGUACACAUUGCAUCGGCAAUGAAGCAAGUUAAUUCGAUCAAGAAUCGUGGUGCUAUAUUCCCCAUCGAGGGCAGUAGGGUACAUCUAACACCCAAGCCGGGUGAGGAGGGUAGCGAUUAUAUAAAUGCCUCAUGGCUGCAUGGGUUUAGAAGACUGCGUGACUUUAUUGUCACCCAACAUCCCAUGACCCAUACGGUCAAAGAUUUUUGGCAAAUGGUAUGGGAUCAUAAUGCCCAGACAAUUGUUUUACUCUCGUCGCUGGAUGAAAUCAAUUUUGCCCAAUUCUGGCCAGAUGACACAUCACCCAUCGAAAGUGAUUAUUAUCGUGUCAAGUUUUUGAGUAAAACAAACAAAUCCGAUUAUGUUAGCCGUGAUUUCGUUAUACAAUCAAUACAGGACGACUAUGAACUAAGUGUGAAAAUGUUACACUGCCCCAGCUGGCCGGAAAUGUCGAAUCCCAGCAGCAUUUAUGAUUUCAUAGUCGAUGUCCAUGAUCGGGGCAAUGAUUAUCGUAAUGGACCAAUUGUUGUUGUGGAUAGAUAUGGCGGCGCCCAAGCCUGUACAUUUUGUGCCAUUUCUUCGCUGGCGAUUGAGAUGGAAUACUGUCAAAUGGCAAAUAUCUAUCAAUAUGCCAAAUUGUAUCACAACAAACGUCCCGGUGUUUGGACAUCUAGUGAAGAUAUACGCUUAAUAUACAACAUACUCGCUUUGCUGCCACGUAAUCUGCAGUUGCUGAAACGAACUGCCAUCAAAAUUGAAAUUGAGGAUGUGACAACAGCAACGCCGGAUCUAUAUAGUAAAAUUUGCAGUAAUGGAUAUACGUUUCUAAAUUUGUAACACAAAAAUCAACGACUUAUUUUUUAAGUAAAAUGUCUAAUUUUUUAUAUACAUAUAACAAAUUGCAUAUAUAUAGUUUUUUUUUUAAAUAUAUAAAUAUUAAUAUUUUUUCUAUUAAAUUAUUUAUUUAGUUUGUAUGUAAUAUUGAGUUGGCGUAAUAUCCACACACACACACACAUACAUAUAUAAAUAGCAUUACAUUUAUACAUUGCCUGUGUAUUUUACUGUAAUUAAGUUUUAACCAUACAAAACAACAAAAUGUUGUAUCCUUAGUCAUUUGUUAUUACAAAAUCAAAAAACAAAAAAAACCUAAAACAUAAAACAUAACAAAAAUGUAUAUGUAUAUCAUUAUUUCUUGAUCUCUCCCACAUUUCUGGGCUCUGGACAGAUGGCGACGAGGUGACAACGACAAGUGUAGCGUAAGUCGAGUUUUAUAUAGUGUGCUUGUAUUUCUUCCUGAUAAGAAAUUGUAUUUGUCAAAUAAAACAAAAGAAAAAUAAUAAUUAAACAAAAGAACAAAACCCAAUCCCGUUUAAUUUAAAUGGAGUAUUAAUUGCAUUACAAAGUGUUUUGGAUUUACGAUAAUCCUCUCAAAGGAGUUUUCAUACAUAUUGCUAGGAAUUGAUUAAUUAGAAUUAAAAUCGAAAAUCCUUCCCAAAGGCAUCUUCCAGAAUAGAACCAUACCUUAAAUGAUAUAUUCUUAAAUUUGAUUUUGAUUUUUGCCGGAUUCAAGAAAAUAUAUACAUUUUGUCUCGGUUGCAAAUGAAUCAGUAAAAAACUCACGUUUUCAUUGGAACGGGCUUUGGCCAUUUUGAUCGAACUUGUUGUGGAAAUUCAGUUCAUGUUUUAGUACAUAGUGACAAAGACAACGUGGGAGGAACAUCUCGAGAGAUCAGCAUCUUAUUGUAGGAAAGAAAAGCAGUGUAUACGUGAAGUGAGUACUCGGAAGAAAGCCAUUUGGUGACCAGAUUAAAAAACGACAAAUGUAAUUUUUUGAGCAUAUAUUACGUAAAAAUAGGCACUGAUCUUAUCAAAAGGCGUAGGUAUAUUUUAGUAAUUUUCCCUCUAGUGCCACAUAUACUACUCUUGAACCAUUUUUUGAUUCCUUAAAAUUGCCUAGAAUUAGAAAAUAUUCAUUUUUCUUUUUUCAUUCAAAAAAUAUUUUUUUCUUUGAAUCUGAUUUUUUUUAUUUUUUUAAAAUAUUUUAACCCAAAAACAAAAAAAAUCUCACAAAUAUUCAGAUAUAUAAAACAAAAAUCUUAAGAACCUAUAAAAUCUGUAUAAUUUGACAAGUAACGACUUAAACGUUAUUAUGCCUACCGAUGUCCCAUUAUCGCUUUUCCAGCAUCUUAAAAUGUUUUCAAAAUCUAAAUAAAACAUGUUCUCAAAGUCUGUCUUUUGCCCAUUGUCAAACCAAUAUUUGUACUCCUUGUUUUAAAACAUAUUUUAAUUGAUCCCCAGUGUAUCCCUAAUUUAUUGGUAUAAUGUCCGUCCUAAUUUCAAAUUGUUUUUUCAACAUGAAUUCAAUUCCUCGAAAAAAAAACAAAAAUGUUGUAAAAAAAAACCGAAAUAAAUAUUGCUCAUAUAGCCCAUAGAUAAAAUUUUGAAAAAAAGAAAAUAAAUCGAAAAUACAUACUAAAAAAAACUUCAAACAAAACAAAAAACAUUUACAAAUAAGCACCAAGGCACAAGUGAUUGAAUAAAAGAAAUACAUAUGUAAAUACACUUUAUAAAUAUAGAAUAAAUUACGUAUUUAUAAAUAAAGAAGAACAAAAAACAAACAGAAUAAAUACAUAAGAUAAUUUUUGUAAAUUUUAUGUACUAAUUUAAAAAAAAAAGAAAAACACAAAAUACAAUUUUAAUUUUUAAAUAAGCCAAUCGAAAAACCGAAUAUCUCUGAUUACAAAUGGAAUGUUUCAAAAUGACAUGAAUUGAAUGUAAAAUUCUUUAAUUUCACUUCAUUCAUUUUUUUUCUUUGGAACUCUACACUUAAGGACAAGAUAUAAGGAAGAAACCCAACAAGCAAACAAGUAUUAUACAUUAUAAUAAAGCAAAUACAAAACAACAAAAAAAAACAAAAAGAGAAUGAAAUAAAUAUACGAAAGAAACGAUUUAACGAAUAAAAUAAAA